AUGAAUAUUAUAAGAAAAGCAUCCACUACAAUUUUGAGACCACAAUUCAACUAUUAAAAAGUGAUUCUAUUCCCUGGAGAUGGUAUUGGCCCUGAAAUCUCUAAAGCUGUAAUCGAUAUAUUUGAUGCUGCAAAAGUGCCAAUUGAAUGGGAAUUUCACGAGAUUCACAAAAAGAGAGUGACUGAAUAAGGUGAUUUGAUCACCGAAGAAACUCUUAAAUAAGUGAAAGCCUUGAAAUACGCAUUGAAAGGACCAUUCGAAACCCCAAUCGGAAAGGGAUAUAGAUCUAUCAAUGUCACUCUAAGAAAGAGAUUAUAAUUAUUCGCUAAUGUCAGACCAUGCAAAUCCAUCAAAGGAGUUCAAACCCCAUAUCCAGGAGUUGAUGUCGUAACAAUCAGAGAAAACACUGAAGGUGAAUACAGUGGCUUAGAACAUGAAGUCGUUCCAGGAGUCGUUGAGAAUCUCAAAAUUGUCUCAUAUAAUGCUUGUUAGAAUAUUGCAUAAUAUGCAUUCGAAUUUGCAAGAGCAAAUAAUAGAAAAUAAGUAGUAGCAUGUCAUAAAGCAGGUGUCAUGAAACAAGGAGAUGGAUUAUUCUUGAAAGUUUGCGAUGAUGUUGCAAAGAAUUAUCCAGAAAUUGAAUUUAGUGAAGAAUAGAUUGAUACUAUGGCAUUCAAAUUAGCUAAUGAUCCAACUAAAAUUGAUGUCAUGGUUAUGCCCAAUCUUUAUGGUGAUAUUGUCUCAGAUCUUUGUGCUGGUUUAAUUGGAGGGUUAGGAUUGACAGCAUCAGGAAAUAUUGGAAAGGAUUGUGAAGUUUAUGAAGCUGUUCAUGGAACUGCACCAGAUAUUGCUGGUAAGAAUCUUGCAAAUCCAACUGCAUUACUAUUAUCAGGAAUUAUGAUGUUAAAAGCCAUGAGAUUAAAUGAUUAUGCAAAUAGAAUUGAAACAGCCACAUACUCAGUUUUAGAAGAAGCCAGAUUUUUGACUGGAGAUCUUGGAGGUAAAAGCACAACCACAGAUUAUACCAAAGCUAUUAUUGAUAAAUUGUGA